AUGGCUGAUACUCGAAAUAUCAGUAAAGAUGAGGAGAAAAACAGGGAUCAGGACCCAAUUGAGGUUGUGACAGUGACGGAACCCUCUCCCAAUACUGCGGAUGUAGAGCCGUCGGGCACCACUGAUGAGUCGGAUCCAGAGCCAUCAACAGCUCGCCUGGUGCUGGUAUUAUUUGGUCUAUGGGUGAGCAUUUGCUACUCCACUAUGCUAGCCACUAUUAUAGAAGAUAUAUGCGAUGAUUUCGAUGCGUUCUCCUCGUAUUCCUGGGUUGCCACCACCUAUCCUAUCGGGCUCUCCAUCUCGCAGCCAUUCAGUGGACAGCUAACCAACCUCCUGGGCCGACGAUAUGGCCUUGUACUUUGCCUCUCAGUACUGGCUGUGGGACAACUGCUGUGCGGCCUGGCACCCACGUUGUCGGUCUUUUUGCUAGGCCGAAUCGUGCAAGGUCUCGGUGCAGGCUGCAUCGGCACCAUCACGGCUUUUGUCGAAACCGAUUUGGUAUCGAUGAGGAAGCGAGCACUGAUUGAAGGCAUUGGUAAUAUCACCUAUGGUGUUACCUUGGCUCUGGGUGGCGUGUAUGGAGGCGGCGUCUCCAACGCCAUUGGAUGGAAAUGGGCUUUUCGAAUUCAAGUGCCCUUCAUAGUGCUUGACAUUGCAAUGGUCGCUUUCUACCUCAAUAUCCCUCAGGGUAAUAGCCGUCCGAUCAGACGCCCUGUUGAUUACAUCGGUAUGGUCGCACUUCUGGUCAUCAUCACCCUCUUCCAAUUUGGCAUGAACGCUGCCGGUUCAGUGUUCUCGUGGGAUAGCGCGGCCGUUCUGUCGACCCUGAUCCUUGCCGGAGUGGGAUUUAUGGGGUUCAUCCUUUGGGAACUCUACAAAGCCCAGAAUCCUCACAUUCCCAUCCGAGCCUUAAUGCAACGCACCGUGGCCGCCUCGCAACUGAGCUCGUUCUUCUCCAACUUCGGCAACACCAGCAUCAUGUACUACGUGCCCGUAUAUCUGGAGGUCCUUGGCCAUUCUCCGGGCCAAAGUGGCCUGCGAUUUAUCCCGCUGGCACUCUGCUUUGCACUCGGUUCCUUCGCCGCCGGGUUCUUCGUCAAGGUUACCGCAAAGUACUACUACAUCAAUUUCCCCGUUCAGGUCUGCUCUGUGCUCGGCGCAGUCAUGCUCUGUACCAUGACUCAGUCUACUCCCUCCUGGGCACCCUUCGUCUAUCUCGGCAUCUACGGUGCCGGAUCUGGUGGCGCCUACGUGACCAGACUCAUGGGCCUUCUUACCUCCACUGACAAGCAACACCUCGCUGUGGUGCAGUCUUGCUCCUUUACUGUGCGCAAUACUGGCACCACCAUUGGACAGACCAUCUCGGCUACUAUUUUCCAGAACUUGUCGGUCAAGGCUAUCAGUUCACUAUUCCGCAACCAACCCGAUUUGGCCGACCGCAUCUCGCAUAACUAUAGCAAGUUAGACCUGUUGAGUGGCCUAGAGAGGGAGACCGCAAUUCGCAUAUACCUUCGAGCAGCGCGUGGGGUGUUCUUUCUCGCCAUGGCUGUUCUGGUUGCCGCUGCAGUAGCUACCUUUGUUAUGCAAAAUAAUGAGCUGGUAGAUGAUCCUAAGGAGAAGGAGGUGAAGGGAGAGAAAGAGAAGGAGAAGAAUGUGGCAUCAUAG